CAGUGUGCUCUGCUUGAAUUUUGUGUUAGAUGCUAUCAGAUUAAUUGUGAGUGCCACUGCUGGGUAGGUUAUUCAGAAACCAAGGAAAUGCCUGGAAACACACAUGGAUGCAAUCUUUGUUUGUGGUGGGAAAAUAUCUUUGUGUUACUUUCCAAAGCGGGAUUUAUGGUACCAGCUGUCAAGCAUGGCUUAUGAUCAUGACGGUAGCCAGACUCCAGCUCAAUGCAGGGAUAAAGUUUACAUUCCUUGUAGCAAACCACAUUACUGCCAGAGCAAAAAUUCAAUGGAAUUCUAUAUACCUACUACCAACUCCUAUAGCACGGUUCAACUGGCAACCACUUUUACUUGUACCACAGUUUUAAAGGGCUACCUGUAUGCUAAAUGUGAUGAGUUUGGUCAGAACCGUGGGAUAUACAGGUAUGAUCCUGAGAAAAAUUACCUUGAUAAAUUAAAGGCACAACCCACCCCUCUGCGUGACACAUGCUUUGUUUCUGAUGAACAGUACUUGUACACCAUAGGUGGUAUAUCAUGUGGACAGUACCUGUCAACAACGGAAAGGUUUGAUCCCAGUGCUAAUGAAUGGGAAGAAGUUGCACCUAUCAACCAGGCAAGAUCUGGUGCUUUUGGUGCUUCCAUGAAUGGUAAAGUGUACAUAGCAGGUGGCCAAUGGAGGAGUGACAUAAUCAGUACAUGUAAAGUUUAUAAUCCAGUUACCAAUGAAUGGCACUUGAUGGCUAGUCUCAUGGAGCCUCGGAAGUGUGCAAGCAUGGUACACUAUGAAGGAAGUUUGUAUGUUCUGGGUGGCCUCAAGCAAGUUUAUGAUGGUCGCAGGCGGUCACACUCAGCAGCAUUGUCAGUUGAAAUGUUUCAUUCUGAGCAGAAUGAAUGGAAAAAGAAAACAGUUAUACCAACUUAUUGCAUUGAGACAAACGAGGAGGAAGAUAAGGAGACGAAUAAAUUUAAAGCUUGUUUUGUAAGACUUUUCAAAGGAGUUAUUGACAAACUUAAACCACUGAUUACACAAUCUUUCCCUGCCGGUUUUUAGGUUUUGACAGUUCAGAUGCCACACCUUUAAUUGAAAGGAGCUGCCUUGAGGGCACAUCUUGCAACAGUUACCUUGUUCGUAUUUCACGAGCCAUUAAGAUUGCAAUGUUUUCUGGCCUUGGUCAUCUCUAUUUCUUUUUUGUUUACGAAUUCCCAUAAUUUUGGUAUUUUCCUGCCUUAGCUAUCAAGGCAGACCAUGCCAGAACAGGGCCAUGGAAAUACUCAUGUGUAUUCUCAUGUAUAAAGUUAAACAUAGACUAUGUCCUAAUAGCAGCUGUAACAUUUUUAACGAGCAUAUUUCCGCAUACAACCUGAGACAAUCAAUUUUUCUACUCCUAGAUACAAAACUGUUACUUAUGGGAAGCACUCUCUGCGUUAUGUAGGACCCAAAUUAUGGAGCACACUGUCUAUGGCUGACAGAUCAACCAAGACACUGCAGGCUUUACAAACUAUAUUUGCAAAAGGGAUAUAACUCACUUAAUGGACACCGGCUGUAAGGACUGCAUCCUAUUAUGCACAUAAUGCCCUUCAGGUCAUUUAUUUUUUAUUGUAUUAAUAUUAGUAUUAGUAUAGUUUUUUAGCAGUGUCCCCUAAUAAAUAUGGUGUAUU